AUGUACAGCCUCGUCAGAGUCGCCCAUGACUGGAAUUACAUGUGGGUCCCGGGCACUAUGCAGCAGCAGUGCUCAUCAAUGUCCUACUUUGACCGGGAUGAUGUGGCCCUCCCCCACUUCUCCAGGUUCUUCAAAGAUCAGUCCCGGGAGAAGCAGGAACAUGCAGAGAAGCUGCUGAAAUUCCAGAAUCAGCGUGGAGGCCGAGUCCUCCUCCAGGAUGUGAAGAAGCCUGAGAGGGAUGAGUUGGGUAACAGUCUGCAGGCAAUGCAGGUUGCCCUGGAUGUGGAGAAGAAUGUGAACCAGAGUUUGCUGGAUCUACACCAA